ACUCUGGAUCCUGACACAGCGAAUCCCCACCUCAUCCUGUCUGAGGACCUGACCAGCGUGAGGACCGGAGACACACGGCAGCAGCUCCCGGACUCCCCGAAGAGGUUUGAUUCCUGUCCCUGUGUCCUGGGGUCUGAGGGCUUCACAUCGGGGAGACAUUACUGGGAGGUACAGGUGGCCAACAAGACUGAGUGGGAUGUGGGAUUGGCCCGAGAGUCUGUCAACAGGAAAGGAGAGAACACACUGUCACCAGAGAACGGAUUCUGGGCUGUGAUACUGAGAAACGGGGAUCAAUAUCAAGCUGGUGCAUCAGUUCUCCGCCUUUCCCUGAGAGAGAGACCCAGGAAGCUGGGAGUUUACCUGGACUAUGAGGGGGGAGAGGUGACAUUUUACAACGCUGAUAACAUGUCUCAUCUCCACACUUUCACACAGACUUUCACUGAGAAACUUUAUCCUUACUUCGGUCCCUGUUUGAAUGACGGCGGCAAAAAUUCUGAGCCUCUGAGGAUCUGCCGAGUGACAGAUUAAUGAGCAGGAAACCCUCAGCCAUGACCUGUGUUUGGCUGUGAUGGCCAUCAGUCUGAACCUUUUAUAAUCUGUGUCCUUAUACAAUAAAGUUUAUAGUUUAUGUUACACCUUUCACAUUGGGACCGCGGCUCAAUCCUUUCUCGGAAUCGACUGUGAAGCGCCUGUUGUGUUUGUGAGCGAAUAAAGAGCUAAU